AUGACGCUCUGGAGAGAAGCUGGUCACCAGCUCCGACGAGCCGCAUCGAGGACAGCCUCUGUCGACCGUCGGCAUAUCAGUGGACUUAGUGGCGCACGAAAGCAGCUCUUACAAUCGACCCAAAUAAGCCAGAGCGUGCGACAAGGCUCGAAGUUGCGAGGCAUUGUACAGUCCAGACGGCAGUUUUCCGCCACGUCGGCCGUUGGCCAUGGCCAUAUCACCCCGCCCAAGCCGGGUGAAGAGAUAAAUGUGUCUUUCAUCGACAAGGAUGGCGAAAAGUACGACUUUCAAGUGUCCGAAGGCGACAAUUUGCUGGAUAUCGCGCAGGCAAAUGAUCUAGAAAUGGAGGGAGCCUGCGGAGGUUCUUGCGCCUGCUCAACCUGCCAUGUAAUCGUCGAAGAUCCCGACCUAUACGACCGAAUGCCCGAACCCGAUGAUGACGAAAACGAUAUGCUGGACCUCGCGUUUGGCCUUACAGAGACAUCUCGGCUGGGAUGUCAGGUGAAGAUGACGAAGGAGCUGGACGGAUUAGUGGUUCGAUUGCCCGCGAUGACGAGGAAUUUGCAAGCAAGCGACUUUAAAUAG